AUGAAUAUUCCCGGAUAUAGUAUACAACUUGAACGAACUGAAUUGCAAGAAAUAAAAGCUGCUGAGUCAACAGGAAAACAACGACUUGGUGAAUUAGGUGGAACACAACCCGGAGAAUGCGAUGCAUUGUAUAAUUAUGCAUCAGGUGAGCAACGGAAACAUCCUUUACCGGAAAUGUGUCAAUCAGAACUAGUAAAUACUCACUCUAUAUUACUUAAGUCUCGACUACGAACUGAUUUACAAGAGUUUCGAUACUAUGUUGGAAAUAAACCGAGUCAAGCUUUUAUUGGCGAUGAGGUCAAAGAAUUAGAACGAUUUGAGAAAGUUGUUUUUCUCAUGAGUUCGGGAAAAAGAUCGGAUCGAAUUAGUCCAGAUUUCGAUUAUCUAUAG